AGAGAGAGAGAGAGAGAGAGAGAGAGAGAGAGAGAGAGAGAGAGAGAGAGAGGCGGAGCGGGGAGACUACUAGUUAAGACAAAAACCGAAGAUAAAGUAUAAGAUUAACUGAUUACACUGUCACACAGCCCUUUUUACGAAGAGGCACAACAGUUUGGUCGAGAAAAAAGAGGAAAAAAGGGGGCGACAUAGUGAGGUAAUGGAAGCAAAAAAGUGAGGGCAAGUGUAGUGGCAGCAUAUCCGAGGGCAAACAAACGCACUUGUGGUCUGCGAAAGAGUAAAAUGUAAGGACACUCUCUCGCGCAUAUAUACCUGAGCAGAAUUUAGAAAGCGCAGACGCGUCAGUGUCAAACACUGGAGAUCGACGACACGACUUGCCGUCUGCUGCGACGAAAGGUUGAGUGGGGUGCUUUCCGGAGCUCAGGGCCACUCGUCUGCUCAACGAGGGAGCUCUUUCGGGCCUUCUCAUUCCACGGAUAUCUCGCUACUUGCCACUGAUAUUGUUGAGGGUUGUGUCUGUGUUCUCUUGUCGGAUUGCAGACAAAACCACAUAAACUGCGGAAAGGAUGGAUCCGACCGACUCUCAUUUAUUAUCGGUGCAUAAAAUGGGACAUCUGGCGCAUACCAGACACUUUCGUUCAUAUUUCACGCGGCGGUGAAACUUUUAAGAAAUAUAUGCUUGUCCACGAGUUGACUCAAAUUCGGUGGUACAGCAGUGCAGCGCUGUGAAAACCCCCCCAAUAAAACAAUCGACGACGGUGUAGGGACGUGCAAAAUAGGUAGCCCCACACCCCCACCCCCCAGGACGCUGCACGGCCACAGACGACAGGUAUUUAGCCAUUUCCCCCAGACAUGGAAGGUACCGGGUUCGGAUACAACGUCACCGUGGGCGGAGAUUCUGGUGAGUGGACACACACACCACUGACCACACAGAACUAUAAUUACACUUACGACUUCGGCGACCUGAACCAGUAUCAGAUGUACAGAGCGGCCGUGAUGAUGAUCAAGGUGGCCUUCCCGAUCCUGGUGCUGUCCGGCACGGUGGGCAACACUCUGGUCAUCCUAGUGCUCCGGCGGGGCGCCAUCAGCACCGACAACCUCAACUUCUUCCUCUCCGCACUGGCCGUGGUGGACACCGUGUUCCUCUACACCAGCGCCCUGCAAACCUGGCUCAGGGUGCUCUGGGGGCUCGAACUCCUGCACCUGGGAACCUGGUCCUGCAAACUGGGCCUCUUCCUGAACCACCUCAGCCUCACGCUGUCCGCGUGGCUGGUAGUGGUCAUAGCAUGGCAGCGCUGGUACACUUGUUCCCGCCCUUUCCAGCGCUGCUGCCCCGUGGAGAACACACGCUGUGGUCACGUGGGCCUGGCCCUGCUGGUGUUGGUGCUGGUAGCAGCCAAUAGUUACGUGCUGUUCACCGCAGAGCUGCAUCAUGUACAACUACGUGACAGCCCUACUGCUGGCCCUGUCCAUCUCCUGGCUGCUGUUCACACUACCACAAACCGUCUUCAAGAUGGUGGAACCCUGGCCAAAGACGGGGGAGGAAUACGCCAUGCUAAAGUUUCUCAACGUGCUGUUCUACGUGUUCAUCUACAUCAACCACUCCAUCAACUUCUUCCUGUACUGUGCACUGACGAGAAGUUUCCGCCGCGAGGUGCGCCGCAUGGGCCGGCGCCUGUCUCGCUGGCCGGGCUCGGUGUCCCGCUGGUGCUGCUCCAGGCGCCGCCUGCAGGCCCUGCUCUCCUCCACAACCUCCGCCGGCGGCAACGCCAACGCCGGGGCGGCGACACACGGCGACAAGCAUACGCACCCACGACAUCGGCACCCCCACCACGACUACCAGAACAACAGCCACACGGACAGCUUCUUCCCGCUGCUCGACCAACAGCUCCAACAGCAACAGCAGCAACGACAGAGAGGGGACUACAACUUCAGGCAGAGCGAGAGGUCCUCAGAUCGCAUCCUCCUGCACCACGGCAUGCACUGUGGAGGUGCCAGGAGCGAGCAGCACCCGAACGUCAGGGCGCAGGUGUGAGUGGAACUGCUGCACAAACAAAACCUGACACGCUCGUUACGACCGUGGGUCAUGGCAUGGCAAGCCGGGUAGGGAGUACUCCUUGCUGCGAUGCCGGCGACCCAGGUUCAAACCCGUUCCAAAAAUCAAAGCGGUGACCAGAGUUCACAGCUCUACAUCCCGUCGUACUUCUGAGGGGCCUAAACCCAAAGACCCCGUCUUCGCAAGUUCGUGCAACUGAGCUGGAAAGACGUCCAAAAAACAAAACAAAACAAAACAAAAGAGGGUGCGGUCGUUUUCUCGUCUGAUUUGGGGCGCAAACUUUAGAGUUUGUCAAAAGCCCCAUCUCAUCUGAAGCUGAUAUCGCCAAUACAAUUAAAAAAAAAAAAAAAUCAAACUCUCUGAUGAAACGAACACCAAAGACAACAAAACAAUAGCCACGUAUCCUUCAAGUGAUAUUGAUAAUACAGUGAAGAUUCAGAGACAGCAUCUGGUGUGUUUGAAUGGGACCACGAAGGUCUCCUACAACACGUCUGACUGUGUAUGUCUUUCACAAGGCAAAUAUAUUCUUACGACACGAGAGCCUGGCAACGUACAGUUCACGUAUCAACAGGACCACAACAAAGGAUUGUGUUCCUGGCUGCACUGACAAGCGGCAAACAACAUGAUAAUAAUCUUAUGUGUAUUCAGUUUGGGUAAAAAUUUUUAAGUAAGUGAUUGCGUGCGUGAGUGCGAGUGUGUGUGUGCGUGUGUGUGUGUGUGUGUGUGUGUGUGUGUGUGUGUGUGUGUGUGUGUGUUUGUGUUUGCGCGCGCGCGCGUACUGUCACUGUGUGUAUGUUGUAUGCUCUAAAAUAGAGGACCCUGUUCUGAGAACGGAAGAUUAACAGGGUAACCUUAAAAAUAUCUAGCUAAAGCCCUGAGCUUUUCACCUACCUCUCCUUAAUUGCAGAAACAAUGAUUGUACGCUCAAAGCCUAGUUAGACGUAAACGAGUCAUAUUUUAAGAUAAAAAUGGAGGUGAUCCGAAACGAGCAUACGGGUCAUACAUUCUAUGAAAAACGAAUAAACCAAAUUAGAGCAUAUAGCAUGAAUGUGAUAUUUUUCAAAUACAAUUUUAAAAAAAUUGUACAGUUGCACCCGAUAGGUUAUGAAAGACAUGAUCGAGAGUUUUGUACCAUUUUGGUAUUUAGCAUUUUAUUCUGCACUUGACAAUCAUGUGUCAUUAUGUGAUAAAGAACAGAACAAACACAUUUGUAUUAUUGAUCCCCCAACUGAGAAUAUCCGACACAUUAUGAAAAAUUUAUCAAUACAAAAAAAUUCGAAAUUCAAAUAGUGAGGUGUUACGAUGGAUUCCCUUGUUUCGUUGCUAAGGAAAAUAGCCUCGUUCAAGGACAAGCCCUAGUAACCACCCAUCUGAUAUCUAACGGGACUUGGCAUUGCUUGACAUUUUCGGGCAUCCGACUUUCCUACCCUUCCCUCACCCCAGCGCGCGUGCGUCGCAACGUACGCAGGUACGCACUCACUUACACACAAGUAGUCGGGAGUUCAUAAAAUAAUAAUUAAUGGACAACGAAGGACAGUGCGAAAAUGAAGUUUCAAACAGACAGACGAAAAGAUUCACACUUAACGAAACAACAUUACACUACAUGUCGUGCGUAAACUAUUGCCAUUUGAAAUUCGCUUGCAGUUUACGUGCACACGACUUGACAGCUUAUUGUCUAAAAUAUACGAUCGCAUUUAUUAUCCCCCGCGCCGGGCACCUUAAGCCGUGUACAGCACUAUUACUAUUUUCUUCAACACCACGCAGAGAGAUGUGUUCUCCCCUUUUUACCAACAUGGUCAUUUGUCAGUAUCUUAGCUAUAACUGUUGUUAUGUUCACACGCCUCUUGGAUGUCGUUUUUGUGAAGCUGCACUGCAUCCUAUGUAUAAACACAACGUUAAGUCAUAUCGGUAGCGGUAAUAGUACCCAGACAAAGAACUGACUCGAGAGUUAAUGUUUUCCUUUCAAGAAGUAGGAUUUUAAAAAAAUCGUACCCAGGCUUCUGUGCUUUAAGCGUGCAUACACAUUUCAUCAACUAACAGUGGAAUGGGUGCCUGUUCAUGAAGGAAGAACGAAGGUUACUUUUUGAUGACAUCAAUUUGAAAAGUCACGACAGGCUCUUAACAUUCCAGUCAAGGUGGAAGGAUUAUGCCAAUGACAAAGAAACGCACUUGAGAAUAAAAGGCUUAUACAGACUGACUUCAAGCAAAUGCCUGUUUAGAAAUUGAAAUGAAUUCUAAAUGAGCAUGUAUUUUUUCUGAGCACUUUGAAUUCUAUGCGCAAGGCGCAAAAUAAAGUAUUACGAUCUACACGACAACGCAAAAAAACACCCCAACAUGUUAGACGCACAUCCAUUUUCUGAGAAUAAAAACAUUUUUUUGAAAGUUUGAACGAAAUCA